AUGGAAGAAAUGAAAGAAACCAAGAGUGCAUCGUCAACCCAUGACUCCUUCACUUCAGCCCCUCUCGACGAGAAACACGAUCAUCAUCCCGCCUUUUCAAAAGAUGAAUUCCUCUCGCCGGAUUUUACCUCAGAACACAUUAGUCUCAUCGUACGAGAGGGCAUAAUUCUUGGCGCCGGCGCCGAAGCAAUCCUGCUUCAGGUCGCCAACCCAGGAGUUGGUGCCGGUGUCAAUGAGCACAGCAACUUUGCCUACCGGGUCCAAGACCGACUCCGAACAACCAUGACCUUUGUGUACUGCAUGGCGUUUGGCACCCCGCAGGAGAAAAAAACCAUUGUCGACAUGAUCACGGCCGUCCACAAGAAUGUCAACGGCACCUUGAACGAGGGCCGCGACAAGGGCAAGGCCUACAACGCGCUCGACCCGGGCCUCCAGCUCUGGGUUGCGGCGACCCUGUACGCCAGCGGCCUGUCCGUCUACGAGCGCGUCUUUGGCAAGAUCAAGAACGAAGAACUCAACGAGAAGAUCUACCGCGAAUACUCCAUCUUGGCUUGCGCCUUGCAAGUGCCGCCCGAGAUGUGGCCACGAACCCGCCGGGACUUUUGGGCCUACUGGGACCACGAGAUCGCCACUAUCGAGGUGACACAGCACGCCAAGGACGUGGCCAGUGACCUGUUGUACCUGCGUAAGGCACCAUGGCACUUGCGCAUGUUCACCCCAGCCGUCCGUCUGGUCACGGCCGAGUGGCUGCCGGAGCGCAUCCGGGCCGAGUACGGUGUCAAGAGACACCCUACCCGCUACAAGAUGCUCGAGUUCUUGGUCAAGGCAACCUACCCAGCCCUUCCGCUCUCGGUACGGAGCUAUCCGGUCAAGCUAUACAUGAAUGAUAUGAGAAAGAGGCUCGCCAAUAAGAGGGGAGUUAUUGGAAAGAAUGCAUAG